UUUACUGUCCUUUUCAAUUUCUUGUUGUUCUUUGUUCUUCUAGGUUUUAUCUUUCUUUUUUUUUUUUUCCGGGGUAUGGAUCAUAUGUUGUUAGUUUUGUUUUAGACAAGAAAUAUGGGGUUUGACUGGUAACAGAAUCGUUGUCCUGUUUGUUAGGUCUUCUGGUCUCAUAAUUAAUUUUUGAGAUGAUUGGAUUGGAGUCACUGAGCAUUUACAAGUUUUUCCUUUUGGUUCACUGUUAUUUUCCUUUAUUGAGCUAGUUGUUUUAUUGUUUGUGGUAGAUUCAAAUAAAUGGAGUUAACCAUUAUAAAUGGUAUAUCUUGUUUUGCUUUUAGUCACAUGGUGUUCUUGCUGUUGUUGUUAAUGUGAAACGAUAUGGGCAUGGUUUUGAUUAGAUUUGGAUAACCUUAGUCAUCUGUUUGAUCAUGUAAUAUUCAUGUGUUAUGUUGUUUUGAAGAAUUGGCUUCUUUGUACUGGAAUGAGCUGGUAGGUUGCCAUUUCUGUGGAGAAAUUUUCUAUUUUUGUGUAUGGGAUUGAUUAACUUACUAGGUAAACAUUGUCUUGUUUCUCUUAAUUGACGUUGUUGCCGUAAACUUACCAUUUGUUGUAUGAUCAAUUUGACUUGUGCAGCCCCUACUUGUCGUAUUUCACAAAUCAUUUGUCAACUUUUUGUUUGUCGUACAUAAUUGAUUAACUUCUUAAUUCUAGGUUUUAUGUUAAUGAUUGCUUGGCUUGUUUGGUAGGUGAAGUUGUUUGUCAUUGGAAAUUUGUCGGCAAGAUACAAACAUAAGAUUCUGUUCCUAGAUGUCAUGCGAUCUCUUAGUUAAUGCAUUCUCAAAGAUGGUAAAUCUGAGUUGGGUUAAAUAAACAAGAAGGAACUUUCGAUGGGGUUUAAAAUGGGAUAAUGGUGCAUGGCUUCAUUUACUGCAUGGUUGAGAGUUAGAAAACGCUGCAUGUUCGCUAAUGUAAGCUUUUAUCAUGAGCUUUUGGCCUACCAGAUGUGCCAGAGAAAUUAAAGUGUCUAAUGUACGUUUGCUUCUAAGAGAUGGAGAAAGAGAUAGAGCUGCAGAUUUUGGCUGUGCUGCAUCAUCUUGUUACCUCUUAUUAUGUUAGAUGGACAUUCAUGAACCUAGUUACUGCAAUCACUUUGUGAAGCAACUUUCUGCCCUCAAUAUGGAGCUAUUUUCCUGGUUUGUUUGACAGGGUUGUCUUACAAUUACCUGCCAGUCUGUGUUUUGGGUACACGCACCCUUCUGUGAAAAUUAAUAAUGCAAGUAUACCCACGAGAACAAUAAUUUCCUAGGACAUCUUCCAUGAUCAAUGACAUAGGUGGAGCAAAGAGACGACACUAGUCCUGCUGACAAGUGGUGUCAACUUCCUUUUCAUCAAGGGGGCAAUUGGGUCUUUCAAGUUUUUGCGAGUAGCUUAAAGGUGCUAUCUUAACAGCACUUAUGCUCAAAUCAGAUGAAUAGUGGAGGAUUGUUGCACUGGAAGUGAAACAUUUCUAUCAGCAUAAUUGGUUUGGAUCUGGAAUUCUGGUGAAUAUGGAUGGUUUGCAACUAGUUUCGAUGCCACCUAGGAAUGCAUUCAGGGCUGAUCAUCCUAAAGCACGGAGGGGGCCUCAACCUGAUGUACCUCAUUCCAUUAAGCCAUGCACCAGAGCGUUUCUUGAAACUGGUGCAUGGCAUCAGUCUCAAAAUAAGGGUUCCAAUAAAGCGACUAUAUCAAAUGAGUUGUCUGACUAUCCUGCAUCGCAGAGUUCUGUUACUUGCCCUGAUUUCUAUUAUUCAACCACAAAAGGAUGUAAUGCUCUUAGUUCAUGUGAAGCUUGUAUUGAUAGUUCUAAUGUAGACAAGUCCGAAAAGAAAAAAUGUAAACCACAAACCAGGAGGAGGGGAAAACAGAACAAAAGAGUUUCAAGUGAUACUGGCUCAACUGAACCUGAAGUUUUAUCUGAGUACGCUCAAGGAAGUUCAACCUCCAAAGGCUGUAGUUAUAAUGAUUUUGGAGAUGAACUAACAUGCUCCGCAACUUCACCAGAAGUUUCACUCAGAGAUGCUAGCAGUAACCAUAUUGAUUUUGAAGGUGACACUAGAUUUAGCAGUCCUGAAGCCCCAGCAAUAUGCAUGUCGAACAUUGAUGAAGUGGCUAUAGUGGAAACUUUUGAAGCAUUGGAUGUUUCAUCUCCAGAUGGUAGCAGUAGCCAGAACAAUUUUGAGGGUGAUUCAAUAUUUAGCACUUCUGAAGCAUUGCCAAUCUGCACAUCCAACAUUGAUGAGGUUGCUACAGUGGAGCCCAUUAUACCUUCUAUAGCUCAGAAUUUUCCUGGGGAGCAUCAGAUGAUUAAUUCAGAAAUCACUUUACAGACAAAAGGAGAGGGAUUUUCCCUCUCUGACAUUGGGGUGCAGUGCUCAAGUCAGAUCAGCUGUUGUGAUGAUACACAAUCCAAAGAUUUCUCAUAUGCUUCUGAUUCCUCCCUAGUGUUUGAUUAUUUAUCUAUCGGUUCAAACAGUGAUGAUGGCAUUAAUGAUAGUCAUCAUGUAAAGACAUAUCAUGAAGGUAGCAGCAGAAGUAGUGUUUUAGAAGCACCAGGUUUCAAUUCCAAGAAGGGUUCUUUAUCUCAUAACAAUUCAUUAAAUGGUGCUGUAGAUACCUAUCACCAAACUGAGGGCUCAAGGCAUCGUGGUCAAAAUUUUAGCUGCAGUGACGCACAAUUGCUUAUGUCAGGCAAAAAAGGCAAGCAAAUAAAAACAUUGCCCAGGAGUAGUGCAAGUGCCCACAAAUAUGGAGGUUUUGAAAAUUUGCAUGGCCGGACAGGGAAGGAAAACAACCAUUCUGUGUGGAAAAAAGUUCAGAGGAAUGACACAGCAGAUGAAUGCAGCCUGAAAAUGAAGAUAUCUCAUGCGUGCUUCCUAUCUGACUUGACUUUGAAAGAGGCUCCAUCACUUAAAAGGAACUGUACUGUCUCUGAUGUAAAUUCAUCAUCCAGAACUGAGGGAAAAAAACUGCCAAAAGACAAGGUUACUAAGAAGUUGAAACGGAAAAGUAGUCCAGGUUCCAAACAAGAGUACAGCUGUCAUGGUAGGGGCUAUAGUUCCAACAAGGCCACCUUUAAUGCACAUGCAAAGACUGGCGUGCAACAGCCUGAAAUAUUUGAUCUCACAGGUCAAGUGAAUGAUAAAAAAGGAGGGAAAUCUAUUUCAAGAACUUAUUCUCUGAAUAGUUGUUUAACUGCUGGAUUCCAUCCCAGUGGAGUUGAAUGCGUGAAUUCAGAAUCAAUUAACAGCACACAAGUUUCCCCAGAUGCGUUACAGCCACUUCAAAGUACUUGUGAUACUGUUUCCAGCGCAAGACAUUGCCAUGCAGAAAAUGGAGGUAGCUUGUCAGCAAAGUUGUGCAACUCAUUGGGGCAGCAUGCGGUUAAGGUGACUCCUCCAGUUUAUCUUCCUCAUCUUUUUUUUAAUAAAGUUCCCCAAUUGGAAAAAGAAGUUACAGUUGCUGAGUACUGUAAGCAAAACCAUAGUUCUGGACCAGUAAUGCAGAAGUGGAUACCUAUUGGGCUAAAAGAUCCUGAAUUGACCACCUCUUCUAGAUUUGGUAAUUCAUCACCUGAUCCUUCUGAAGGACCAGCUGGUGAAGAUCUCACCUUGAGAAAUGUUCAAGACAAAGCCAAUUUUGAUUCUCAAGACCUUGUUUCUUCAUUGAUGUUGGGCACGUGCCAGGAUUCAGGAAAUGCAGGUUGUUUUCCCCAAGAAGAUGACCAUAUUCAAAAGUUGAAGAAUUCUACUCUUUGGAUGGAUGAGCUCAACAAGAAGCAUGUUGCAGCUGAUGCUUUAACUAGUGAAUCCUCUUACCAACAAUUUUCAGCUUUUGAAGAUGAAUCAAUAAAGAUAAUGCAAGCUGUGAAGGAUGCUUGCAGAGUACAGAUGGAAUCUGAAGCUAUUCAGAUGGCCACUGGUGGUCCAAUUGCCGAGUUUGAAAGAUUUCUUCAUUUAUCGUCUCCAGUUAUUAAUUUUCCCAGUUUAUCAAGCUGCCAGACUUGUUUGGAUGACCGGCUUGUUGGUGCAUCACUAUGCAGACAUGAGAUACCAAAUAUCCCAUUGGGAUGCAUCUGGAAGUGGUAUGAAGAACAUGGGAAUUAUGGUUUGGAAGUAAGGGCAGAAGAAUGUGAGAAUUCAAAUGGUGGGGGCUUAGAUCAUUUUUCAUUUCAUGGCUAUUUUGUUCCCUUUUUAUCAGCAGUUCAAUUGUUCAAAAACCAUUCAAGUCAACCGAUAAACAAUAAGAACAGUGCUCCUGAUCAUGAAAUUUCUGAUGCAUAUAAGGCUAGUGAAUCAUCAGAGAACUCUGAUGUUGGUCAUCUUCCAAUAUUUUCUCUACUGAUUCCUCAGCCUCGUACCACAGCUGUAGCUCAAUCAGUUGACUUCACAUGUUCUGACAGUGCAGAGUUACUCUUUGAAUACUUUGAAUCGGAACAACCUCAGCAAAGACGACCAUUAUAUGAGAAGAUACAAGAACUUGCUAGAGGUGAUGUGUCUUCUCGUUACAAAAUGUAUGGGGAACCAACUAAUUUGGCCUCUCUGAAUCUCCAUGACUUGCACCCCAGAUCCUGGUACUCGGUGGCAUGGUAUCCUAUAUAUAGGAUACCAGAUGGCCACUUUCGAGCUGCAUUUUUGACUUACCAUUCACUUGGCCAUUUGGCUUGUAAAAGUGCUGAAGUUGAUUAUGCGAGUAAGGAUGCAUGUAUAGUUUCUCCAGUUGUGGGACUUCAGAGUUACAAUGCUCAGGGUGAAUGCUGGUUCCAGCUGCGGCACAGUGUAAACCAGGCAGCAGGAACACCAAUCUCGAACCCUUCUGUAAUUCUGAAGGAGCGGUUGAAAACCCUUGGGAAGACAGCAUCUCUUAUUGCCAGAGCUGUAGUAAACAAGGGAAAUCAGACAUCCAUAAACAGACAUCCUGAUUUCGAGUUCUUUCUUUCUAGGGGACGAUAUUCACUUCCAUAGAUUUUGAGGUUGCCACUCUCCGGAGUAGUAGUCUCUUAUGGUUACCGAUCUAGGUCCAUCCAUGUAGCAUAUGAGAUAAAGCUGGUAAUCUAGUUCCAUCCGUGUAGCAUAUGCCUCUUGGCAUGAAUUCCAGUUUCUUCUUAGGAAAUCCUAUAGUGCUGAUUACUGAUCUAGUUUUUUUUGUUAAACUUGCUGUAAAUAUUCUAGUAGUUUGUUAAACUUCUGGAAAUAUUUGUUUCAGUUUUAGUUGAAGUUCUUGAAAGUUU